AUGGGGUUGAAAUCGAGCCACAGAUACGGAAUCACUAGAGUCGAGCUUAUCGUUAACGAGACGCCAGGCUAUGUUGCAAGAUUCGCAAACUUGCUUGGAUUACAGCGAGUCCUCCGCAUUUGCAACACCUUGAUUAUGGCAUCAUCAAGUACGGGUAGCCGGCCCAAAAGGACGAUUACACGCACACGGACCGGAUGUUGGACAUGCCGCAACCGCCGCACCAAGUGCGAUGAGGAGAAGCCAGCCUGUCGCAACUGCACCCGCGUGGGCCUGCAUUGUGCGGGCUACGCGGUUCGUCUGGUCUUCCGCAACGACACGCAGAUGGUGAGCCGGAGGGCCGAGACCAGGACCGUUCGUCGCCAGCUUGAGGCAUCCCGCUCGCCCAUGUGUGAGAGCGAGCUGGCAGCAGAGGCAGAGACUGAGACGUCGAGCAGCAGCACGGCCGAGCCACAGCCGAGGCGGGCCAUCAACAACGUCGAUGCUCCGUCCCUGUUGCCGGCCCUCCCUGGAACUCCCAUUUCGCCGGCUUGUGAGGCCGAGAGGCCGUACGGAGAUUUCACCACGCCAACCCGACAUGGUGCCUCGCCGGAUGACCAAGGGCCGACCAGGACCGAUCCAGGGGUUGAACUCAUGCCUGACAGCCCGGCAUGGUUUGCCCAGCCGCCCAUGUCCUUCAGCCCAAUCGAGCCACUCAUCGAUGAUAGCGACCUGGAUAUUGACGUGCCUACCAACCGCUUCCCUCCCCAGCUGGCGCCCGUGUUCCGCGACAUCUGGGAGGGUGUGGGCUUCGGCCAUGCGGCGCUCAAGUACGCUUUGCUAGCACUGUCACCGCCACAGGACCCGCGCGGUAGGGCAGAGAUGCACAAGCGGCGGCAGCUCGAGCUGUACAGCCUGGCGCUGCAGGCAACGGCUCAAGGCUUGCCGUGUGCCAUGAGCGCGGCGCAGGCGGCGGUGCUGCUGGCAGUGCUGGCGCUGUUCCUGCAGAUCGAGAUCCGCAUCGGCUCCUUCAUUGGCGGUUACACACACGCCAAGCAGGCCGACCGCCUCGUUGUCGAGCACAUGAGCGGCCUGGCUUUGUGGCCGCUGGGCCGCCGGCUGCUGUGCGAAUGGGCCGCCAUCAAGAGCUGGUACUCGCUGCAAUGCGGCUCCUGGACCGAGGCGGCCUGUCUGGUGCCUCGGGAGGUGCGCCAGCCUCUGCUGCGUAUCAUCGGUUCUGACGGCGACGCUCACCAGAGCCUUCUCCCCUUGCUGUGCGAGGCCCAUAUGGUCUUUGUCCGCAUCCUCCUGGCUCGCCUGGUCGGCCCCGGCCCCGCCUAUCCGGCCUUUGCCGACUGGUGCCGGCAGCUUGAGCGCCUUCGGCCGGGCACGGCUCCCCGCCAUAGUCUAUACGGCACCGAACCCGGUUCCGGAUCAGAAGACGGCUCUCUGGCCCGCCUGGCCGAGCUGCAGGAUGAGCUGGACCACUGGCAUGACCGCCUGGCUCUGGACGAUCUGCCCGUGUACGGCACGACGGCGCGCAGCAAGACCCGCCGCAGUGUCGAGCCGUUGCGCUUCCGCUCGUAUAGCGCUGCAGCCAACUACCUGCGUUAUGCCGUGGCGCAGCUGCUGUGCUCGCGAAGCAACCUCGAUGCCUGCACAGGCGGCUGCCUCGCUCGAGGGAAUAUGAGGCGCCCAUAUGGUGACAGCAUCCAUGUUCCCUCUGACCCAAGUCCUGGCCCUGGCUUUGAUAUAUAUCAGCAGUCUGACCCUGAUCCCUGGGUUACGCUGGUCUUCCAAAUCAUUGCCGGCAUGGAUCCACAAGACUGCUUCGACGAAGACACCAGCUGCAUUGGCCCUGUGUGGGUUGUUGGUCGUCUCCUUCUGCUGUGUAGCCGCGAUGCCGACCUGCUCGACGCUGUGGCGCGCCUGGUGCCGCGUCUCGAGGGCAUCGGCGCCCGUCUGGGCUCCAUUUACCCUCCCUGGCUGCUGAAGCGCUUAGUCGCCUGCGUCCAGGCCGAGCGAGAGCGCAACCACGUCGUGCUCUACAUCCACCCCGAGUUUGGUCCUGCUGAGGAGUGGGUGACGUUCUACACUGCACCGGUUGCCUUCAGGGCAUUGCUUGUCGGCCGUCUGAUUGAUACGGGAGCGGCAUUUUACGAAAUUGUGAAUAUUAUGUAA